CACGCGCGUCAGUCAGCUGCUCGUAUUCUGCUUCGCUUGUAUAUAUCCCGUUUUCGCGCAUAUGCUGCUUCCCGGUGAGCUGCGGCAUUUUGGAAUCAUUCGGUGACUGGUUGUGAUAACACAAAUAAUAAUAAUAAAAAUAAAUAAUUAAAUAAAAACUUUUUUUUUUUUUUUCAUCAUGGCCAAUCCCAAAGUUUAUUUUGACAUCACCAUCGAUGGGAAGAAUGCGGGGAGGAUUGUUAUCGAGCUGAGAGCUGACGUUGUACCCAAGACUGCUGAGAACUUCCGUGCUCUGUGCACUGGAGAGAAAGGUUUUGGCUACAAGGGGUCCGGCUUCCACCGUGUCAUUCCAAAAUUCAUGUGCCAGGGUGGUGACUUCACCAACCACAAUGGAACUGGUGGAAAGUCCAUCUAUGGCAACAAGUUUGCAGAUGAGAACUUCAUCCUGAAGCAUGGAGGGAAGGGGACCCUCUCCAUGGCCAACGCUGGACCCAACACCAACGGCUCUCAGUUCUUCAUCUGUACUGCUGAUACUGCUUGGCUUGAUGGCAAACACGUUGUGUUCGGCAAAGUCGUACAAGGAUUGGACGUGGUCGACGCCAUCGAGGGCAAAGGCAGCAGGAGUGGCGAUUGCUCUGCAAAGAUCCUGAUUGCUGAUUGUGGCCAACUAUAAUUCUUGCUAUCACUUCCCCUCCUCCAGUCAUGCACAUUCCUUACUAGAGAGAUUGCUUUUUUUAUUGCCAUUCCUAUCCUGAAUGAUAUGCUUCCAUGUGCCAUGGUCCUGUUUUAUGUAUUCUGAUGACAGUCCUCUGGACUCUUAAUUUGUUAAAACAUGGAUUAAAGAUGGAUUAAGAUUCCUUUCAUUAAA